AUGGCCCAACACCAGGAGCUUAAAAGAAAGGGAGAUGUUCUUGAACAGCUGGUAAAACAUGGUACUCCACCUCUUCUUUCUAUUGAAGUGCCCAAGAUGUGUGACCUUCCUAACAAGUCCGAGCCUUGGAGCAAUGAUUGGCUCCCAGUUGACAUUCUUUUGUUGACGGUGGAGGACUGUGAGUUCUUGGCAUGUUACGCUUUCAUGAAAAAUCCCUUUAAAAGUUAUCGCAAAGACCUUGGAUAUGUUUACUUUGGAAACAUGGGUGAAAGUGAGAGUGAACCACUGAAGGUCGCUUUGAUGAAAUGUUGUGAAGGUUCUUCUGGUCCGGGUAGCUCCCAAAUUGUCACCAAAAAUGCAGUGAUGCAACUGCGACCUAAAGUUGUGUACUCUGUUGGCUGCUGCAAGAGUCCAAACUCAGACACAGCGAGGUUAGGGGAUGUUGUGAUAUCUUCUAAGCUUUCUACCCAAGCCUUCAGAACUCCAGUGGGAAAAGAUAUCGGGAAUCUCAUUCAGCAUUCAAGUGAUGGCUGGAAUCCACCAUUGAGAAUUCCAAAUACUCGCGAAGUAACUAUGCACCGUGACGGCGAGAUAUUGUGUGUUGUGGGUUCGACCAGUGCUAAACUAUUACAUGUGUCCAACUCAAAUGUGACUGCUGUUGAAUCGGAAGGAGAAGGUUGGCCUUAUUUUUUAUUUAAAUCUGUUAUAUUAUUUGUAGGGUUGUGUAUUAUUUGCAACUCAAAUCCCAUUGUAGUCCUCAACAUGUUUUAACUUCGAAAAUGAGUAACCCCGGUGGGGAGGGGAAGAGGGACUCCCAUAUGAAAGGGGCGGGGAUGCUUGUCGUCUCGCUUAGGGGUGUAAAUUUCAGAUUUUGGUCUCCCUUAGGGUGUUCUGGGCAAAACACCAUUAUAUUUAGCCGUAAAGGUCUUUUUUAGGGUUGCACUCGAAGAAAUAUUAAAAAAUUAAAUAUUUUCAGUUUGUUUUAUUUAUUCGAUUCAUGUAAUCAAAGUUUAAAAUGAUCGCUUUUAGGGGUCAAAAAAUGGUUGGGCCACGCCCAGAUUGGUCUCCCGCCACUUUCAUAUGGGAGUCUUCCCCCGGGUGAGUAACACAGCUAUUUAGUUCAAGCAGUGAAGAUGAAAGAAUUUUCAACACGUGUAUUUGUUUUGCAGAAAAAGCAGAGGUUUCACCUUUUGAUGUUAAAAGUUGUGAUGACAUGCCUCAUAUGGGUAUCUUCAAAAUUUUGGACUAACUUAAAAAUGACAAAAAUUCAAUUUGUCCUUUUAGCAACACUUCUCAUUCAUGGACAAAGGUAGUCGGAAAAAAAAAAGAAAAUGAUCAAUUUGCAUGAAUUUGAAGAAAAAGUGUCACUUACUGCAAAGAUUUCAUAUGAAGUUUUAUGUUAUAUAGUGCUCUUUAAAGAAAAAGCCUAAGGGAAAAGUAGUUCUAUUUUCUUGUGCUGUCGUCUGAGGCUCACGUCAAUCAUCCGCAAUUAGGAAGGACGGCUUAACUUUUUGGAAUAUCUAGAAACACUAAGGUUGCAUGUUUUUUUAUUUUACUCAAUUUUCUGAUUUGCUUGUAUAAUUUGAUCAUGUCCAUAAUUUUUAUUUUUGCCCGUCUGGUCCAGGUAAAAGGCUUUUAACUACAAAAACUUAACUGUUAUGUAAAGCUGUUAGUGCCAUCUUGAGGCAUUCAGUGCAGCUUUCGGAAAAAAUAGAGUCGGUGGAUUCAUAACAGUCGCAUUUGCCCUAUAGAAUGUUUUUUAUUAUUUUAAGAUUAAAAACAAAAAGUUCAAACGGUAAAUACGACGGCUACAGUAGUAUGCUGCAAAACCAUAGCAUGUAGUCACAAAAAGCAAGAGUAACAGAGAAAAUGCUAUCAUUGUACAAUUUUUGCAUGUAUGGUGAUCAAAUGGGGACGAGUGGAAUCAUUUCUCGCGUUUUUUGUCGAAAUUCUGAUAAUUUCCCCAGCCUUUAUCUUUUAACGAAGAGUGGAACAAAUGACGCUCACGAGAAGUGAAAUUAUGAAUUCGAGCCAAAAUAAGGAGUAAUUUGCCAUCCAUGAUAUUAUAACAGAAACGUGAUUCUGUACAAGCAGGAAGCCUCAAUCUGGUUUUUAAAUACGCGAAUAUGAAUGGAUGAAUAGCGGGGAAAAUGAUUACCAAGAGGUUUUCGUCUGGGGAAAGAAUCCUGCAAAGCUUUAAAAUUUUUCUCUGGGUUAAAAUUGAAAUCUCUUCUUUCCUUCCUUAUCGAUGUUUAAAACGAUGAAUCUCCUUCAAUUCUCUUGGUCUUUUUUGUCUUAUCUAUGUGUUUUGUUAAUUGUUGUAGGUGUCUUUGUAGCAGCACAUGACAUGAAGAUUGAAUGGGUGAUUGUCAAAGGGGUUUCUCAUUUCAUCAAUGAUCCCGAUCCCCCUGAUGAACUUUGGAAGUCGUUUGCCUGCACGAUGGCAGCUUCUCUUGUGUCCAACAUGUUAAAUGACCCACUCGUUUUUGAAGAUUGGCCUCACUAUGUCGGUAAGUGUUCUUCUGUUUAG